UUCCAAUGCUUUGCUUUUACAAGGAACUAUUUGUUUACAAAGACCUCUCUGAUUGCCAAAACUUCCAUAGACAAAGUGUUUCUGGUAAUUUUGGAGCGAUCCCAUUCCCCAAACAAAAGGUGGUGGCGUUAAAAGUUACUUUGUACACACUGGGAUGAUGGCGAUGAUGAUGCCUGCAAUGCCCAACAAAAUUCCUCUCCUUUUCUCUCUCUUUUCCUAUUCCUUUUCGCAUCCCUUUUCUGUCUUAUCUUCCCCAUAAUCGUGUAGUUAGUGCUUUUGAUUUGCUUUCCUUACGCUAUGAUAAUCACAACCCAUUUGAGCUGAAACUAGCUAGCAGCAGCUUGAGGGUAUGGAGAAAAGGUGUGGUUGUUGGGCUGUUUUGACUCGUACUGUUUCAGGUGUUUGCAAAUCCUCUGCUUCUAAAGACUCUCCGAACAACAUUCCUCGAACCAGCCUAGUUUAUGAUUCUGCUACCGAAACACGGUAUUUGAAUGCUAGCAACAGGGAACUCUCUACCUCGAAUGAAGCUGAGCUAGCCUCUGAUAAUGCCAAUCCAUCACCAUCAGAGAACAAAUCAACAAGCAAACUACUUCAGUUCUCUUUUCAUGAGCUGAAGGCAGCAACAGGAAACUUUAGACCUGAUAGCAUUCUUGGGGAAGGUGGAUUUGGAUUUGUCUUUAAAGGAUGGAUUGAAGAGAAUGGGACAGCCCCUGCGAAACCCGGAGCAGGAAUUACGGUGGCUGUUAAGAGCUUGAAACUAGAUGGUCUUCAAGGCCAUAGAGAAUGGGUGGCUGAGGUUGUCUUUCUUGGACAACUUCACCAUCCAAAUCUUGUUAAGCUUAUAGGUUACUGUAACGAAGAUGAUCAACAUUUGCUUGUUUAUGAGUUCAUGAGCCGUGGAAGUCUGGAAAACCAUCUUUUCAGAAGGACUAUUCCUCUUCCAUGGUCCAAUAGGAUUAAGAUUGCCCUCAAAGCGGCAAAAGGAUUGGCCUUUCUUCAUAACGCCCCAGUCCCUGUUAUCUAUAGAGAUUUUAAGACAUCCAAUAUCUUGCUCGAUUCGGAAUACAAUGCAAAGCUUUCAGAUUUUGGCUUUGCGAAAGCAGGGCCUCAAGGAGACAAAACACAUGUUUCUACCAGGGUAAUUGGGACGUAUGGCUAUGCUGCUCCUGAAUAUGUAAUGACAGGACAUCUGACGUCGAAGAACGAUGUUUAUAGCUUUGGUGUUGUGCUUCUUGAGAUUGUAACAGGGAGAAGAUCCAUGGACAAGAAACGUCCGAGUGGGGAGCAAAACCUUGUGUCAUGGGCUUGGCCAUAUUUAGGUGAUAAAAGAAAGCUAUAUCAUAUAGUUGAUCCCCGCCUGGAAUUCAAGUAUUCCAUUAAAGGGGUGCAGAAGGUCUCCCAGCUUGCUUGCAGUUGCCUGAGCAGGGACCCGAAACUACGUCCGACCAUGGACGAAGUCGUGAAGACCCUGACUCCGCUGCAACAUCUCAACGACCUUGCCAUCCUAACAUCUCACUGCCGCUUAUCUUCUUCACAAGGGGGGUGCAAGAAGAAACCUGAAGGCCUAACCUACUCCCAAAACUUCAGAGCUUCUCCAUUGAACAUCGGAAAGCAGCAUGUUAGGUGAUCCAUCUCCAAAUCCUCUCUGAUAAUAAAAGGUAAACAGAGAUCAGAAAUGUUCAUGUUUAGCAUUCCAGAGGUUGAUUAGGAGAGGAAAUGCGAAAUAUUAGCUUUACUACACAAUUAGAUCUUCCUUUGUGGGCCUGCCUUACCUUGUAAGUGACUUGUAACUUUAGGUAGACAAGACCUUCCAGUGCCUUGGGUAUCAUAUUUGCAGUGUCUUUCUUAAACAUCUAUGGGAAAUAUUAAGCUUGGCAAGUUAUCACCAUAGAUUUCAAUCAGCAAUGGAGAAUAAUAACACUAUAUGAAGAUUCUAAUCAUGUUUAUUUCUUUAA